AAAUUUCUCAGAGUAGGGCAUUUGCCAUAGUCUGCUACCCCCCAAAAUGACGCCCCUGUAUAGUCUGUACAGUCUUAUGCUUAUCCAUUUUUUCUUACCGACUGUGGUUGACUUUUGAUGUACGACUGAGUUUAUGUAUCCGAUUUUUACCGUUUAAACGGCAAUUAUUGACUGCGGGUUUUACUAUGUAACAAUGGUAAUUUGUAAAGUGCGGCAAACCAGUAUUUUUUCUAAGAGUCGAUGCGCAAACUGCGGCAAUAAAAAAAAUUGAACGUUACACAAUCUGCGACAAAACCGAUAUGAUACAUUUUACAAGCCGCGGCAAUUUAUUUUAUACGCCUACGAUAUUAUGUGGUACACAGCAAGAGAUAUGUGUCUAUGCCGUAUCGUUUAAUUAAUUAUGUUGCGUCUUGCGCACAAAAUAGUAAGGUAAUCCAAAUGUGUAUUGAAGUUAUAACGAAACCAACCAGACAUCGAUUGCUUUACUUUUGAUAAUUCUAGUUAGCGCCUACUUACUAUAUUGUUAGACAGAACGAUAUAAUGUUAUGCGUUGUCGUCCUCAGGCGGUCUUGCGAUCAAUACACGUGUCCAGUUUGCGUCCGUAGACUCUGUUCAAUCGUUAUCGUUUCCGACGUGCAGCGUAUCUUUCGUACACGAACACGAUUUAAUCGUGGUAUCACGCGCGCGAUCUGCGUUCCGUGGCUUGACGCCGCCGUCGCGUGCAAACGAUUAUCGCAAAUCGAAAUAUUAAAUAAUAGGAGACGUAAAAUAAUCGUAAACGGUACGCCGAUCUCGUUCCUCGGCAACUUCUCGUACCCGUCGCUGCCCAUCGACCUUGCGCCGCGCAAAUCGAUUUAUUUCGAUACACGGAAUCGGCUACGAUACAACGCGUAUACGUACGGUGUACUAUUUUUUUUUUUAUUUUUUGUCUUUCGUCUUUGCUCCUGCACGAUUAAAACGAAUCGGUUCUACUGCGCACGACCACUGUCGGCGUCGUCGUUCGCGUUAACCUUGACUCUUAUUGAAUUGUAUACGGACGUGAGCGGUUUAAAGCGAACGUUUAAACGAUCGUUUCACGGGUGUACCGCGUACGCGUACGGUUCUGCGGUAAUUGGUUGGGAUCGUGAUGGAUAACCAGCAGUACUGCUCAGGGCGUGUUUACCGAGAGAGCCGCAACCACCGUCCCGUCGACCGAAAUUAAAGCACGAAGUGUUUUCGUACUUAUCAUCGCUGAAUAAUUACCAACACCGAGUAGACCGUAUCGCGAUUGAUUCGUAUACCUCAUUGACGAACGAUCGUUGACUUUUGAUCGUUUAUGCUCAGCGGUACUUGGGUUAGAUACAUUUCUUACGUUCUUAUCGGUCCGGGAACAGAACUCCGAAUACGUCCCUGCGCCAUGCACCCGUGGUUCGUCGACGGUUUUCCCGUUUGCUUACCACACGCUUUGUGCUUCGCCGAUCGCACCGAGAACUUAUAAUUGGUACACGCGCACAGGAAGAGGAGGAGGUACAUGGACAUCGAGGUCACGUGAUGAAUACGCUGUAACGUGAAUUACCGCUAAGAUUCUCAUAAUCUAUUUAGAGUAUUUGAUAAUAGAAUACAAUAAAUAAGAUGAGUGCUUCCAACAUGAUGAGUGAAAUCAAAACAGGCAAGCAAAUCAAGAGGACUAAGGAAUAUCCCACGAUUGUGGAAAGUUAUGUGCGUGAUGGAUGUCCAAAUGGAAAAAGAGAAAAAAAAAGGAUUUGCAAAGCUUUAUCUAAGGAUGGAAAUAACGGAACUCAACAGAAGAAAUUGAGCAAAAAUACGGCAAAAAAACGUAAACGCGCUCAGCAAAUGGAAUCAACCACAAGCGUCAUUGAAACAGUGACUCAGUAUGAAAGUCUACCGAAAAAUACUAAUUCAAAAGUGGUACCAAAUGAAAUUAUCAAUUCUACUGAUGGACCUCAUAAUAGUGGUCAAACAACAUCGAAUAAUUACAAGUCUUCAGAUCAUAAUGGAACCAAAAAUGUUGAAAUAAAAACUAACGUGAUUAUAAGCACAGAUAAAAACGAAAAGGUUUUGGAAGAUUUAAAAGUGCCAAAAAUCCAAACCAAAGGAAAUGGAAAUUGUGCAAUUAAAGAAGUUGACGAAAAUCUGUUCAAUUUACCUAGAGACGUUGCUCUAGCCCAUUGUAUUGCAGAAGAUUUACGUAUGGAAAGAGGAGUCGCGGUUCAAUUCAAACGUUAUUUUGGAGGCAUUGGUCAACUUAUGGACCAAAAACUUACCGUAGGCGAUGUUGGAGUGGUGGUUAAAAACGAAACAGAAUAUGCUUUUUAUCUGGUGACAAAAAAUUAUUGUAACGGCACGUCGACAAUGUUAUCAUUGUCACAUGCAUUAAAGUCGCUCGUAGAAAAAAUGCAAGAAAGGAAAAUAAUCAAACUAGGCAUUCCUCAAAUUGGCUGUGGAACAGAUGGAUUGGAGUGGUCAAAAGUUAAACCACUUAUUGAAGAUAUUUUUGCCGGAUCCGGAAUUGAAAUAACUGUUUGUGUACCAACAAAAAUAUUCUAUCGUCCAUCACCACCUCAAAUGAAAGUGUAUAUAACACCUAGGAAACUAUUGGAAAUUAAUAACAAGCUAAGUGACUUAUUAUUACUGAUUGAUAUUGAACAAAUAAAAUCAAAUCAUUUGAAAAAUGGCUUGGUAGAUGCUGUAAACUUAGAAUAUCCUUCUUUCAAAGAAAAAUUAAUGAAGGACAUUAAAACUAAAGCAUUGAAGCCUGGUGACGUUACCUCUUAUUUUAUAAAGAAAGAAAAUAUACACUGUUUAUUCACUAGUCAGUCAGCAUAUUACAGUUCACUAGAAAAAGAAUUUUUAACAAUAAAAAACUACGUAAGGAGAAGUUAUAGGAACUUUGCCAUUCAGAGUGGUCCCAUAAAACCAACUGCAUACUUUAAGCACAUAUCAAGAGUUGUGUUAUUGUUGCGUUCAAUAAUUUAUGGAUCAGAAUUAUGGUUAUGCGGUGAUAGUGAUCAGACCAACGAAAAAGAAGUGUACGAGCACUAUUGUAAACAAGUUUUUGAGGAAAUUAGACUUUCAACAAAGUCGAAAGAUAGAAAUAAUCUUCAGAUAGGCAAAAGAAACAAUCCACCGAAAAUUAAUUUUCAAAGAAAAUAAUUUUCGAAAAUCCAUAAGAAAAAACGUACACGAUUAAUCAAAAUACUAACACAGUUGUGCAUUUAAACGAAUUAUAAAUUAUUUAAAUUAUAGCUUAUCAUAAUAGUUUUAAGUUUU